AUGGGUACUGGCAUGUGUUCGAGGAGGCAGAAGGGGCUUCUGCAGACUGCGUUUUGCCUGGUGACUAUGGCAUGUUUGGGCUCGGGAGUUUUCAUGUACAGCCACUUGCAGCAAAAGGUGCGGAACGCUGAAGCCCUGGCCCAGAAAUACAAACAGCAGCAGGAAGCGCUGUCUGCCCAGCUCCAAGUUGUGUAUGAGCACAGAUCCCGGCUAGAACGAUCCUUGCAGAAGGAGCGAGGGGAACACAAGAAGACGAAGGAAGAUUUUUUAGUGUAUAAGUUAGAAGCUCAGGAAGCUCUCAACAAGGAGAAGCAAGAUUCUAUGAACAGAUACGGGGCCCUCAGUUCCCAGCACAAGAUACUGAAGAACCAGCAUGAAGAUGUCAAGAAGCAGCUGCUUGACCUGCAGCUGCAGCACAACAGCUUGAAACUGGAACAUCGUAAGACACUGGAGACCCAUAGCCAGAAAUAUGCCCAGCUGCAGCAGGAGAAGGACAGUGAAGUCACAAACUUGCAGGAUACAGUCUUUAAACUUAGAGAAGAGAGCAAGCUUCUUCGGAAGGCCCACCAGGAAGUUCACUCUCAGCUCCUUAGUGCCCAGGCCCAGAUGGAAGAGUUCAGGCAGCUCAAGGAAGCUCUACAGAAGAUGCCAAGCUUCAAAGCAGGAGGAGCUGGGAAGGGGCAGCAGCAGUUUCAGGUGCUGAAGGAGCAGCCCAUGGCGCCAGCCAACAGCCAGUUGCAGCUCGUGAGGCAGAAGGCUUUUCCAGUCAAUCAGGAGAAUCGCCCUGUAGGAAACCCGCUGGCAUCACAAGUCUCUGGGGUUCAGAAGCAGGCAGAUGGCCCUCUGCUGCAGGGCCAGAACUCGUACAGUAACGAUGGCCCAAGGCCACAGGCUAAUGUGCUCUUCACCCAUCCAGCCCCACCGCAAGAUGCCAAUUCACUGCCAGGUGCUAUGCCAGCCUGGCCAGCAAGACGUGCGGAUGGCCAUGUGAUCCGAUUCACCCGGACCAUGAACAGUCUGCCAAAUGGGAACCCAGAUCUAAAGAUGGUGAUGCGCAUUCAGGUGAAAAGCAAUGAGGAAAGCCAGGCUCCUGGAUUGUCACUAUCUGAUCUGAAACAACCCUCUGCAGCAGAAAAACCUCAGAUGCCAGACAACCACCACUCUACAGGGAGCAAACAGGUGCAAAUGCAAAGCUGGAAAGACAUAGUUAACAAAGUGAAUGCCCAGAUGGAUGAAGAACAAGCGCGCAGUUACCCAAAGAGCCUUCAUUCUGAUCCCAAGCCUGGGCAAGAGAUGCAGAAAGGCAGCCCACAGCCACCCAAUCAGAAGAGAGGGGAAGAGCAUCAAACAGCUGAUGAGGAAGGCGAGAAGGAAAGGACAGAUGAUGAGGAACUCGAAAUGGAUGCAGGAGUGAUUGAGAGAGAGGAGAACUUGCGUUCUCAGAAAGAGACUGUUGUCCAGGAACCAAUGAUGCCAGAUGAUGCUGCAGAUCCUGCCCAGGAUCCCAAUAACCAAGGUGAGGAUGAGUUUGAGGAAGCUGAGCUGGAGAGACCUGACUUUGAAGAGAAGGUGGGAGGUUUGGAGAAGUUCAAGGAGCCCAGCAUGAAAGAAGAGUCUAAGGAGAAGCCACUGAAGGAUGCUGACAGACCUGCCAAGCCCAGGGAAGACCCAAUGGAUGACUAUCAAGAAGAUCAGGAGCAAGAAAUUGAGGAUCACGGAGGUGAGGUGGAUGACAAUGAUGACCUGGAACUUGUCCAAGACCGGAAGAACCAUGCAGGCAUACAGGGAGCUGAUGGCAAGAAGGAUGACUACUACUGAAAGAUGCUGAAGGAAAAUGGAAUACGCUAGGAAUUGAGGGGAGGGGAACUCCUCUUGGGAACUGGCUCCUGUAUUAAACACUGCCCAGAACAGACAAAGGCAGGAGGAGAUAACUGUCUUUGCAGGCACUGAGCAGGGUGCUUGCAGAUGUGCAUUACAUCUACGUGUGUGGGGCCAUUGCUGCCUCUCCGGUCAACAGCAUGGAAGUGCUCUCAGACUGUAGGAAUGAUUUUAUCCUGCUGCUUCUCUUGGAAGCACUUUUUGAUUUGUGUUCUUCACUCUCUUGUUUUCCCUAUCCCCUCCCAAGCUGGAGAGUUUUUCUUUUUUUUUUUUUUUUUUUUUUAAAACCCCUGGGCAGCAGAGGGGUGCCUGAACUGGUCCCUGGACUUACUCAACUGAUUGCUAAUACAAAGGAAUCUGUCUUCAUAAAAUAUUUUGCUCAGUAGUGUUUCUUUAAAACAUCCUUUACUCCCAUGAGAGUAAGGUGGAGAGGAAGUUAGCCUGCUUUUUGUCUGGAGUAAUGCAAGGGUGAUAGCUCACCAUGAGCACCAACAGAAAUGACCACAUGCCAGCAAUGUAUGUGUGUGCGUAUGUGCAUGUAUGCAUAUGAACGACUGGAUCCUCCUCCUGGUGCAGAGACCCCUCACAGUGACUCAGAGCAGAACCCUGUAGAGUUCUCCUUUCCUUGUCUUUGAGCUGUGACUGUCCUGCUGGGCUUGGAGCCUCCCCAUCUAAUGCUGUGCAUCUUGUCUUGACAUUGCUGCUGCACCCUGGGUUCCUGGAGAUGUGGGCUGGCCUGAGCUAAGACAGGCUCUUCUGGGAUGGUGGCAGGUACUGCCACACAAAGAAACAACUGCAGCCCUGCAGUAAUCUCUGCAGGUCACCAGCUGCAGUGAAUGAAGCACUCCAUGGCACAGCUACCAGUCCCUCUGAUGGGAUAUUCUUUUUACUUUGUGUAGCGUUUUGCUGGUGUGGAUGCUCUCAGUGGGACAUGAACAGAGUCUGGGAAGGGCCAAACCAUCCACUGCUUAAAGUUUUCAAAUGCAAGCAGCAGGAUGGGAGCAGACAUCCGUUUCUGUGAUGCGUGUAUUUGCUCAAACCUUACUAUGAUUCAUGAUGCAGCUGCAGUAUCCCAGCAGAGCUGUCCCUGCUCUGCCCUCCUCAGGCUAUCGGCAGAAUGUAUCGGAGCAUAUCCCAGCCUGCAUCUGCCUCUCAGAUCUAUAACCUCCUCCCUCCCUAUCUUCCUGACAUACACCCGGGUUUUGGCACCUCCCUAGGUGCCCUAGGUUGUUCAGGAUUCCCAAACAAGCAUGAAGGGCUUGCUAAGGAUGAAAUUUGGUGCAUGGGAGGGGAAAAAAAAGUAAGAAAGAGUAUUGAUGAUGGUAGAUAUGAAGGAAUACUUGGAGCCCGACUAAUGCAAUUCCAUCCUGUUCAGCUUCUUUCCAGUCUCCCAACAUUUGACAGGAAGCUAAGAUAAAUUUUGCUCCUUCUAGACAGGUCUAGUUUUUAAUCAGCAAGUUGGGUAUUUCUAGCAUUCUGUUGAUUCAGUAGAUUGAAAUCUGUGGUGCUUUACUUAGUCUCCGAAACGUAUCUUGCCUGACCUCAGAUAGAAAGAAGGAAUGAAUUAGCUGGAGUCCCUGGAAUUUAAAAUGGAGGCAGCUGAAAGCAGAAUGGGCUUCAUCAUGGUAUCUCAAAGCCUGGGACCUGGUUUACUCAUAUGAACAGGGCAGAGCUGUCACGUCUCCUACCUUGUGCAAAACCCAUGUGUCUGAGCUGUCUCCCACUUCCUCAUCACCAUGUCAGAAGUCCUGGGCUCUGGGACCUCACUCAUCAGAUGCAGCUUGUGGUUGAAUGUCGUGACCUGAUAAAAGAUCAGAGGAGAGAUCUUUGUUCCCUAUUUGCAUUAGUUAAGCUUUUUUUAAUCCCUUGUGUUGGGGCAUAUUUUGUAAGCACUUUUAGACACUUAGAAAAACAAUAUCUCCCAAUAAGCUUUGUCUUUUUCAUUCAGACAGUAUUGAUUUUUUUUUUUCUUCCCCUGAUUCUAAUGGAGCUUGAAAUUAACAUCAUAGGACUUUCUGGUUCUUUGUUUCUAUUCUGCUUGUGUUUCCUACCAGCCCAAUCGGCUGUGCAAGUCAAACUCUGGGGUAGAUUGGAGUAGUUAAUGUGGUUGGCUCUCUGCUUGCUUUGUGUGGAAGCAACAAGAACUCUGCUUUUCCAGAUGCUGUCCUUUCUAGAGCUACAGCAUCAGGUCAGCUGGAUGGUACUGCUGGUUAUUAUGGAGUGCAGUAGAAUCAUGUUGUUAAGACCUCAACGACCUGAUCUGCUGCUUGCUGACACUGGGGAGGAUGUACUUGUGCACU